ACUUUCUCUUCAGAAAAACCCUAGAUUUUUUUGGUCAAAAGUCACGAAUAUUAGACGAAAUUGGUGUUAUGGAAUAAUUUCAUUAUGUUAAAAUGAUAGAUCAUUAUGCAAAGGAUUCGUUGAGUCUCUUUUUAGAAAAUAGUUCAACAACGCGAUGGAGGGGUAUGUCAAUUCUAGUGGUGAUGCGAAACAUGCUGACCCCAAGGAUGAAGCACCUGAUUUUGAUGCCCACAAUACUGAAAAGCAACAUAUUGACGAUAGCCACAUAGGAGACAUAUCUGAAAGCCAAAUUACUGCCCCCUUGGAGGGCAUUGGCAAAAUGAAACGUGGCUCACCAUUACCGACUGAUUCCCUGGACAGUGACGACCGGCAUGAUGAGGACAGUAAAGGCCCCAAGGACAAUAGUAGCCAACGAGGAUUAAUCAACCACUCGGAUGAUGACAGCCAGCAACAACUUGUUGACACCAAGAACAAAAACGAAUCAGUACCGACUAAGUCCCAGGAUAAUUCUCGCCAACGAGUACUGAUUGAUCCACAGGAGCACACUUGCCAGCCUGAACCUGCUGACUACCUGGGUAAUGGUAUCCAGCUAGGAGCUGUUGACACCCUGGGUAACGAUACCCAGCCAGAACCUGAUGACUCCGAAGUCAAUAAUACCUCACCAGGACCUGAUGACCCCCAGGCCAGUGGCAGUGAUGCUAAACCUCCCCCACCACCAUCCAAGCCUAAGCCAAUCAAAGGUUGCGUCAAGCUCCCACCUCAUUGGAAGAUUGCUGUUGACGAGGACGGUGUGGUCUAUUAUUAUCACGGCAUUACAGGACUGACACAGUGGACUCCUCCAAAACUCCCCCCAAAGUCUUCAGCUGUACGUGUUUCAAAACUCAUGCCAGGAGCCACAGCAGGCAAGUCGGAUGUAACAGAGUCUUCAAAACCAGCAGCAAACCUGUUGUCCUCUGGUGCAAAGGGUGCAGCUUUCUUUAAUACGCUUGGACUUGGGAAGAAUGUGCCGACUGGUACAGACGACGAGGCCCCAGUGAUGAGGACGCGACAGGCGAAACGUAAGGUUCUGAGCCAAUCACUUGAGGAGUCUGAUAAUGAAGAUGAGGCAAAUGCAAAGUUGUACUCGUCAAUGUGGGAAGACCCAAAGGAGAAUGAGUCCGAAAUGGUGAAAAGCCCAACAACCCGUCCGCUUCCAUAUGAAUGUGAUAUAUGUUAUAAAACAUUCUCAAAGAGAAAAAUGCUUAUGAAUCAUAUCAAGAAACACAAAAAUCAGGAGAGUACUGCCAAGAGGCUACGCCUCAGCAUUGCCAAGGACCAACUCAGUUGCGAAUAUUGUGAAAGGAAAUUUACGUUUGAGAAAAGUUUCAAAAAGCAUGUUGCAUCUUGCGCAAGUGAUAAGAAGCAGUACAAAUGUGAGAACUGUGAGGAAAUAUUCUUGAUUCUUGGGGACUAUGAAAAACAUGUUGUGACACAUAAGGGUGAGCUGGAGUUUAAGUGUGAAAAGUGUCCACAAUCCUUCACCUCUAGACAUGAUUUCGAGGGGCAUUUGUUGAGUCACAUAUCAGAGGUUUCAGCUCCUGGUCAAAUGAUGGACACAGGUACCAGUGACAAUGUAUUGGGCACUUUAUGUACUGGUACCAAUGGCAGUGUAUUGGGCCCUACCGUUGCUGGUACCAGUGACAAUGUAUCGGGCGCUUCAGUAACUGACGUUGAUGCUUCUAAAGACGAAAAUGCUGGUAUUGCAUCUACUGGUACCGGCAGUGCAUCUACCUCGCCCGGUAAGGUUAAGAAGGAGUACAUUUGUCAAUAUUGUUUACGGAAAUUCAAACUUGGGGCAAGCUUUCAAAAGCAUUUAGUGUCUCACACUGCAGCUGGUCGGACAUCAUUCAGGUGUGUGAAAUGCUUUAAGUACUUCUUGUCGAAGAAUGAUCAUGAUGUGCAUUUUCUGACGCAUGAAAACGAUUCAAAAACUGAAGACGUUGCGACAAGUUCACAUGAUAAGGAAUACAGAUGUGAAUACUGUGACUUGACCUUUAAGCAUUCCGAGACGAAGAAAUUCGAAAAACAUUUAGCGUCUCACACCUUAAGAAGUACUUUCAAGUGUAGGAAAUGUAACGUGUCUUUCAAAAAGAAAGUUGAGUUGGACGCUCAUAUAGGAACACACCCGGAGGUGAGGUGUUUGAAGAAAGGGCCCAAGCCAGACAUCCUGAAGUGUGAAGAGUGUGGUGAAACAUGCAUUGGUCGCGCAUCAUUUAGAAAACAUCAAAUUAUUCAUACUACUCUAAUGAUAUGCAAAUUCUGUGACAAAAGAUUCAAGGUCAAGGACACAUAUAUCCGCCAUUUGGAGUUGCACGCCGCGCCGAAACCUCAUAAAUGCAAUCUCUGUAACGAGUCAUUUCUGGUGAAGAGACAAAUUAAGUUGCAUAAGGAGAGGGUUCAUAAUAUGAAGUCGAGGAAAAUGCACAAGUGCUACCAUUGUAAAAAACUUUUCAAAUAUGACCGCGAUUUGCGCUACCAUCUCAAAAUGGUCGAAAAACCAGAGAAGUGUAACGAAUGCACUGAAUCAUUCGGAUAUCCUGCGGAGUUGAAAGAGCACAAGAGCGCUGUCCAUUUGAAGAUUACUGAGAAAAAGGAACAGUGUUUGAUAUGCCAGGAGAGGUUCGUUCAUUUGGACGCGUUGAUGGUGCACAAACGUUCCCAUGACGACCCUCGGAAGCCGUAUCGUUGCGACGAAGACGACUGCUAUAAAAAUUUCGCGUCAGAGAAACUUUUAGAAACGCAUAAACGCACUCACACUGGUGAAAAGCCAUUUAAAUGUCCGCAUUGCGAAAAAGCAUUUAUCGAUGCAUAUCGGUUGAAAUCGCACGAAGUUGUCCAUCAAAUCGAGCGACCAAUCAGCUGUGAGCAUUGUGAGAAACGAUUCCGUACAAAAUAUGAGUUGAAAAGUCACGCAGUCAUUCAUUCUGGUACGAAAGCAUUCACUUGCUCGUUCUGUGGGAAAUCCUUCUUCAGGAUUGGGAAUUUGCGACUUCAUGAACAAACGCACACGGGCGAGAAAAAGUUCGAUUGCAAGUACUGCGGGCGAUGUUUCCGUAAGAGUGGGGUACGACGCACGCAUGAACUUAUUCAUACUGGCGAGAAACCAUUUCUUUGUAAAUUCUGUGGCAAGGCUUUCCGUCAUAAAGGAAACUGGAAGGAUCACGAGACAAUUCAUACCGGCGAAAAAGGAUAUCAUUGCGAUAUCUGCGGUGAUAAUUUCCGCUACUGGAGCAACUUCUACACUCAUAAGAGUACCCACGAGGGUGGGAAAGUCAAGGUCGGUAGGAAUCUCAAGGUUGGUGGGAAUUUCAAAGCCGGUGGGAAUAGGCGAAAGAAGCCAAGUCAUUCGGCGGGUCCUAACACAGAGUUUGUAGGAGAGCCUGAGGGAGGUGGCAACGUGUCUUCAAAUUCAAUGGACGAACAUCCUGGGCAGAUUCCGCAAGGUGGGGAUGUUAACCCCUGGGGUACCAAUCGUGAUGCAGAAUUUGGUCAUGGUGCGCAUGGUGGACAUGGUAUGCCUAAUAAUGUUGGGGAGGAUAUUUGGACUCCGGCAAUGGCACCGGGGCAGUACCCACCAGACUACUGCCCCCCAGAGAGUGUUCUGUCAACGAUCGCUCCAUGGUCAAUUGCAAUCUUGGAUCAUAGUGGUCGUCCGAGACAGCAAGUGCAAUUCCCGCCUAGGUUUUGAGAAACUGACCACUGAUUUAGUGUCCAGGAUGGCAGUAAAACGUAGUCUGAAGUUGAAAGAAUGAAAGCGAACAGUAAAAAAGUGCCAAGCUGCAUGAAAAAGUUGUUGUUGAAUUUUACCUUUGAAUUAAUUAUUUGGUGUCUUACUUAAAAAAUAACUGUUUAUGGUCUAUUCAUGUCAGAAGUUAAUGAAAAGCACUGAUAGUUGUGUUGUUUCUGUGUUGAUUCUUCUUCAUUAGAAGUUCAAAACAAUUGAUAUGUUGUAAUCAGUGUGAAACAAAUCAUACUAAUUAACUAGUUUAUGGAUGUGGUCUUAGUCAUCAGCUUUGUCAGUACUCGUAUAAAGUACAUGUAUGUCCCAUGAAGUAUGUUUUACUUCUAUGUGCAAUAUGUGAGUACUUGGACUUAAAGUACAUGUGCAUUUACAUACUGGAAAAUGCUUUUAUGAGACUCUUCUAAAGAGAUUUCAUGAUAAGAUGUCUUAUAGUUUUAAAUUAAUGU